CUUGUAUUUGAACCAGGUCACUGUAGUUCAUGUAGUGUUAAGUCUGUGAAAUGCAUGUCAUGGUGCUCUCCUGCUGUGUCUUGGUCUUGCUUUUGCCCGGUCUAUGUUUAUCAGCGCCCACAUUCACGCCGGAGGUAACAAGCUCUCCUCCAGCAGAACCACAGGGUGACUUGAAGCUGGCCAUCGUAAGUGCAUAAUUGCAUGAGCUGCAUUACAAAUGUUUCAGUUUGGCGAAAUUCAACUUGUACUCUUGUAAAAUGCCAAAAGGAAAUAUAUUUAGUUUGAGUUGUAAACAUUGCAAGGAUUAUUUCUCACCUGUGUGUGGGAUUUGGGAUUUUGUGUAAAUGCAUUGCUUUUAAUGCAAGCUUUUGGUAUUCUUCAGGUUUCUCUCUUGUUUCUUUAACUACUCUUACUUUCCCAGAGGGGGGAAUUUUUUUAGGGGAAACCCACCUGCAUGUGUCUUGAAAUAUCUUGAGCCAGAUUAUUGUUAUGCUCAGUUUGUUAGAUUGUAAUUUGACAGUAUGUAUAAUCUGCAAUUGAUGCUGUCAAUCUGAUCAGAAGAGAAGUUUGCAAACAUUGGGUGCAAUUUGAUAAAGACAUUUUAUUGCAAUGCAUGCUAAAAAAUGUCCUCCAAAAAAGUCCUCCAAAAAUCCAGGAAUUCAACUUUCUACCUACCAUUCAUAAAGUUUUACAGAAACUUUACAUAACUACCCAGGUUAUUAAAUCCAACAUGAUAAUAAAUUUUAUGUGAAUCUCCAAUGUUUUCAUAGGAAUACCUUCAGCAGUUCUACAACCUACAAAAGGAGCCUCUGGGACGCAUGAAGCGGAGUGGUGCCUCCUUCAUCUCAAAGGUGAAAGAAAUGCAGAUAUUCUUUGGCCUGAAUACAUCAGGUGCUCUAGACUUUGACACCCUGGAGCUGAUGAGGAGUCCUCGCUGUGGUGUUCCAGACGUGGAGGAGUACAGCCAGAUCCAGGGUACACGGUGGGACAAGAAUGUCAUCACCUACAGGUAUCUUCAUGUUUGAUGAUUGUUCACAGCUUAGAUGUUAUCAUAUUUUUGUUUGUAUUGGAGCAGAACUAAAGUCAGUGUGAAAAAAAAGACAAAAAAAAAACGUGUCAUGUCUGACCCAGACUGAACUAGCAAAAAUCAAAACUUUGCAAAAUGUAAAACCAGCAUACAAUAAAACCUCUAACAGGAGCAGUAAAUAGCAACUCUCAAAAAGCCUGAUGCCAACACAUUUUUGAGGUUUGGGACUCCUGCCUGUGAGGGUUGUUGUUAUGAGCUUGUUGAAGUGCCAAGUUCACCAUACGUGGUUAAACUUAUGUAACACUGUCUGAAAUAUUCUUCUGUUUCUCCGUGAGUUCAGUUUGAGCCAAGCCCGAAGGAUCAGAUUCAGGAAAAAUGUAUAAUUAAAGAGAGGGACCUAAAUAAGGCAGCCACUGUCAGUGUGUUUCAGAUAUAUUAACAUUUAUAUCUCACAUGUUUGGGUAGCUUAAUGCCAUCAAUGCAGUCGGACUGAUAAUAGCCAUGUUUACAUUCGCAAAAUUUCUUGAUCCGAUUAAAAUUUUGAGGGAUCGGAUUAUCUGAAUCCACUUUUUAUAUGGGUGCAAAAUCAAAUAAUCUGAUCAUGCGUAUACGUGCGCCAGGCUUCAUUCAGAUUAGAAGCAUUUGGACAUGUGCAGAGUUGUCUGAUUUCGCUGAAACAACCGCAGAAGAAGAAGAGUUUUAUUUACGCCUGUGCUGUCAACCUCACUCCAUCCAAUUCAGAAGUUUUCCCCCUGUUAAAUGUUGUCACUAGAUGGCGCCCUUGUUUAUUUGUUUUACUGUUCUGUCAAAGGUCGCACUGUGCAUGCAGUUGUGACAUCAUUACGCUGUAUGUACGCCUUGUCAUAUUAUCGGAGGAGCAGACGCGGUACCUGCGGUCGUGUUUUAUGCCAGAGUGUUAAUAAUGAAACCUCCUGUACUGUCCAAAAUAAAUAAAGAGUGGAGAACGAAUCAGGUAAGAGAGUCACGAUCGGAAUAAGUGUUUACAUGGAUACGUUUCAGAAUAACGAUCGGCAUAAACCACCCCUCUUGAUCAGAAUACAAUCUCUUUCCGAUGAAGUCGAAUUGAAUCAGAAUCUUCCGAUCGACAUGUUUACAUGACGCAUUUUUAUUCCGAUCGGGUAUUUAUUACAAUUAUUUGUGCCCAUGUAAAUGCAGCUAGUGUUAACAUCAUCAUGACAUUCAUUUGCUUGUUUCUGCUGCAGCAUUGGCACUUACACCAGAGACAUGCCUCGCAACACAGUGGACUCUCUGGUUGACUCAGCCUUCAGCGUGUGGGCCAGAGCCAGCAGUCUGACUUUUGUCAGGUCAUACACCCGCAACGCUGACAUCAUGGUGCAUUUUGUGACCUAUGGUGGGUUUGUCCUUAUCACACACAGCAUGUACAGCACAGCACAGCACAGACAGACAAUAUUUACAUGUGAACUGAAUGCUCCCUUGUUAGUGUUUUGUGCAGAACAGAAGUGCAGGAAGUGUUAUUUCAGUGGUUUAUGAUGUAUUGUGUAAGGCACUAUACCAUGAGAAAACACAUAGAAAGCCUCAGUAGUAAUUUAACCGUAAACCAAAGCCGUGUCACCAUGUCAUCUGCUGGUCUAGACUGACUCAUUCAGAUGAGGUCAUCAGAGGCCUCUAGUUUUGUUUUGGCCAAAUGGUUUUCCUCUGAGGUCUUUAUUACAUGUGUGGCUGUCUUUUGAAGAACACGGUGACUUGUUCCCAUUUGACGGACCCAGAGGCACACUGGCGCACGCUUUUGGUCCGGGGUUGGGUGUUGGAGGGGACACGCACUUUGAUGAUUCUGAGCACUGGACAGCUGGAGACACAGGUGCAGCACCAAAUUACAUUAUCAUUACCCGGUGACAAUGACAAAUACUAUAGAGAAAGUAACACAUUCUCUUGCAGGUUUUAAUCUGUUUGUCGUAGCUGCACAUGAGUUUGGCCACGCUUUAGGCCUGAAGCACUCCAGGAACCCAGAGUCGCUGAUGUACCCGAGCUACAAAUCCUCCCAUCCAGCGAACAUUUUGUCGGAUGAAGAUGUAGCAAAUAUCCACGCACUUUAUGGUAAACAGUUUAUCUAUGUUAUUAAGUCAGUAAACCAAAUAUGAAGUGUUUUCAUUGGAGUGGAACCUGCUGUUAAAGUUUUUACUUAUGUGUCAGGUCCAGUCAGAAGUCGUGCAAAUCACGUGUUGAGACAUGGUUUGAGCUCUCAGCAUGGUCCCUGGAUCUCAGGAUCCCUGUUUCCCAGACUCAUGCAGAAUAAAUGUGAUCCAGACCUCACCUUUGAUGCAGUGUCCACUCUAGGGGAUGCCACCUGUUUUUUUAGGGGGAGGUAAGUUGAUGAUUUUUGUUUUCUUUAUCUAAUUUGUGACUUUUAUAAAAUUGAUAUGUUUCAUCUUUGGUAAGCCUCUUUCUCCGCACAUGGAGGUCUUGAUUAUGAUACCAGUUUCUUCCUUUGAUGAACUGUCAGCAAUAUUGUGAGGUGAUUUCUGUUUCCAAGAUAUCUCUGGAUUAAGCAUAAUGAGCAAUAUGACAUCAAAGAAGGUCCCAUCACCAAUUUCAUGCCCAAGAUUGAAACCAGCAUUGACGCCGCCUUCUGGGUGCCUCGCAGGUCUACAGCUUAUCUCAUCCACGGUAAAGGCAUUCGUAUUUCAAUCCUUUACUCAAACCCCAAUUUCCAAACACACUAAAAAUAUUAAUCAGUCACAUAAUAGUUUAGCUACAAAAUGUAAUGGUUUGCUUUUCAUAUGUGUGGACAGAAUCAACCUUCUGGACAGUGAGAGGCUCUCUUGUAAAGGGGAAACCACGAGCCCUCAGCCACUUUGGAUUUCCAGCCUGGGUCCAAGAUGUUGAUGCAGCAGUGCACAUAGUGAAAACAGGGCGCACACUCUUCUUUAUGCAUGACAUUUACUGGAGGUAAGGCCUUAUUCUGGCAACUUACAGUCAACAAUUAUAAUCUUUCAGCCUCUUUUAAAACAGUAUGUGACUCAAACUGAAAUCAGCCAUUUGAAGGCUGAUGCUACAUUAUUGCAUCCAUCACAGAAAGCAUUCAAACUUUAUUUUGAGCAGAAUCAAGUUGUGUGAGUCACCUGUGAGAAGUCGUUGGAGGUUACAAAAACAUACGCAGAUAAUUGUGGUUGGGUUGGGUUGGGUUGGAGAAUACUGACCUCUGCUUAUGACCUAAAUGCCAGCAAAGAUUCUGAAUGAGUAAAACAUUUGAUCACUGAAUAAAAGCUGAAGAAGAUUUUUUUGUUCAAACAUCUUAAGGACUGGAAUUGGGUAACAAACAAAGGUACCACUUUGUCUACAGGGACCACCAAAAUUGACACAUCCUUAAAGUUCUUCACAGGUACCAAAAACAGUAAAACUAACCUUCUGUUUCACAUCUGAGAAAAUCACAAUCCUGUGAGUUCAGAAUUAGCUUAAGGGAAUGUAGCUUUUUCUUAAGAAUAUGAAACAGUGGAUACACCACAAUUAAACUGCUAAAUUAUCUAUAUUUUAAAACUGCAAUCUAUUUAAUGAAAGUGUAGCUACAUCAUAAGGCAUUCGUGAAUCGGAACAUGCAAUCUACAAGUUUACCCCAUAGUUAGAGAGGAUCUCAUGCCAUUUGAACCUCACAGACAGAGCAAGGGCUCAAUUUUUGACAUUUGAAGUUUGUUCAUGUGACUGGAAGAAUUGCACAAAUGUUCAGCUUUGAAAGCUGAAUGUGAUUAUGAGCCAUUCUCACGCAUGCAUUUCUCUCACAUGUGUAUUUUUCAGCUACAAUGAAAACCGGAGAGUCAUGGAUUUUGGUUACCCAAAGUACAUCAGUGAUGACUUUCCCGGAGUCAACACGACAAUAAAUGCAGCUGUUCAUAAAGAGGGUGAGGACUUUGAGAUUUUAAUCACCAUUAUAAUGUGCUCAGGUAACUUUCUUGGACUGUUCUGAACUAUAGAGGUGGGAGAAAAAAUCAGUACAGUAUAGUAUCACGAUAUUUUGUCUGGUGAUAUAUCAUAUCGUCUCAUUUACAAAGAAUUGUUUUUUUCAAAUUAAUUGCAAAUGUAAAGUCAAAUCUAUGAUAAUGGAAAAAUAAAAUCAACUGUUUGUCUUGUGAGAUUGGCAGAGGUGACAUCAUAGAGCAGGAGAAAGUUAGUACAAAUAUAGCAGCACUUGGGGUAAGACAUUAGGAAUGCAAACAGGGCACAAAUUAGAUGGACCUGACACAUGAGGUUUUAGAGACGUGUUACAUGAAAAUAAAAUACUGUGUAAAUAAGACAAACAUAAAAGAAAGCACAAGGCUAAAUUAGCUAAACAGUUGAAAAAAUUGUAUGAAUCGCAAUAUAUUGUAGCACAAUACUCACUGUAUUGCAAAAUGUUUAAAAUCGCAAUAAUAUGGUAGUCCCACCCCUACUGAGCUACAUAAAAUAUAUAAACUAUGAGCACAAUGAUACACUACAGGUUGAGUUUUUUUGGUGUGUCUUGUGUUGUUACAAUACAGGAAUGCUGAUUUACAAAAAAACAUAAGAUUAGGGAGAUUUUAGGGAGAUGGUUCAACAUACCAACUUAAUCUCAAAAAGCCUUUCAGAGUGAUAUACUGCAUUCCAGCCAUGAGAAAGAGUAGACGUUUAAAUGCAGAAAGUUGUUUAUCAUUACCACAGUAAUUAUAAUCAUCAUUAUCAUCAUCAUCAUAAUAUCACCACAAACAACAUCAACAAAAGCCAGAACCAUUCCAGCGUAUUUUUUCUCUUCAUAGGUUACCUGUACUUCUUCAUUGGACCAGAAGUCUACAAAUAUGACUACACCCAAAAACGUGUUGUGGCAGUCGAGAAAGCGAAUUCCUGGCUUGGAUGCUGAAACACUGUUAAUCCAUGGAUGUGCAAUGAGGGAAUUACUUGAAAACCUUGAGUUUAAAGCACAACAAGUAAAAAAGCACUGUGCAAUGGUACUUCAGAUGUUAAGUUUUAUUUAACUUGUAACGUUUUGUCAGAAUAGACAAAUCCCGAUGUAAGCCUAACAUGUGCAGCUUCAAAUUAAAGUACUCUGCUGAACAGCUUCAAGGGUUUUUCGCUGCAUACCACUGCUUGUGGAAUGAUAGAUAUGACGACGAGGAAUGAGGAGAAAUGAGGAUUGCUGGCAUAAGUGUUGCAUGUUUCAACUUGACAUUACAAUAAAUAGAUUCAACAAAUAA